AUGUCGAGUGCGAUGCCAAAUACAUCGCUGUAUGUCAAGAAUAUUAAUUCGAAAGUGAAGAAACCUGGUAUGUAUCGAUCUGCUAUAGAAUCAGGAACAUUGACUCUUGCAGAGCUUCGCCGACAGCUGUACAGCUUGUUUGGGAGCUAUGGCAAAGUCUUGGAUGUUGUAGCAACACGUGCAGAUGGCAUGCGCGGCCAGGCAUUUGUUGUGUUCCGCGAUCUACAGAGCGCGACAGCAGCAUUACGUGCGCUUGAUGGAUUUGAAUUCUAUGAAAAACCUUUGAAGCUGGAGUAUGCACGAACACGCUCCAAGGCAACGGUAGUUGCUGAGCAUGGCGAAGAAGCGCUGCUUCGACCGGACCUCAUAUAUAAAAAUGCCGAUGGCACAGCUAUUGGUGGGCGGGUAACAUUCUCCAAUGCUCAGGGUGACGCGCAGGCUCAAGAGCGGAAACGUCUGCGAGAUGAAUCGGGUUCAUCCAUUGCUCCAACAAACUCGGCUGUCGAGCCUCUGCACGGCAAUUCCAACGCAACUGACGUGAGGCCGUCGAAAGCGGCCCGUACUGAGCCAAUCCCCGAUUCUGAGAGUCAUCAUGCACAAAUGCGCAACCAGAAUGGAGUAGAAAAAGCUGACGAUGACGAUGAUGACGAUGACGCUAUGGAAAUUGGAGACUCAGACUCGGACGAUUGA